AUGUCUAUAAGUAACAAUAAAUUAAAAGAGUUGAAAUUAAAAUUAAAAACUGCCACGAAACUUAAACUAGAAUACGCGAGAAACGAAUUUUCUUUACGUUCAGCCGAACGUACAUUAACUGAAGAAAUGGCGUUAAUUCGAAAAGAGGUGGAACUUACUUCACAACAAUUAGAGGAUGUGAAGCAACAAAUAUCGCAAAUGAAUUAUCAAACUACAAUGAUUAAAAUAUGUAGCGAAUCAGAAAAGAGCAAAGUAGAAUGUUACUCCGUUCAAAUAAAUAACCAUAAGAAUGAUUUUGAUGCUUUAUUUACAAAAGAGCGUGAACUUUUCCAACUUCGACAAAAAGACUUAAGCGAAAAAGAGGCUGAAAAAAAUGAAUUACAACGACAGAAACAGGCUAAAGCUCAAGAAAUAAAUAAACAAAAGACAAAAGAAGUUUCGGCCUUAGAAGAUCAGUGCGAACGUUUAGAGCAGGAGUGUAAUAUUUUGAGGAAAAGGAAUAAAGCUGUGAUGUUACAGCUUCGACGCAAACUAAUAGAUGCGGAAGAAACAAGACGUACAUUAAUGACAAAACGUUAAAUUUUAAAUAAAGAUAAAGCUAA